AUGAACGUGAGUUCGGUCACGUUCCCGCGUCGACGAGGGCAGUGGUCCUAAGCAAACCGUUCCGUUCCUGACGCAAUACAGAUAUCGUCAAAUCACUCACCGCCCAAAACGUAAGUCGAGAAUGCGUAGUACGAAGAUUGCUCUACUCACUUACGGGCCUGCCGUUUUUGCAUCUCAUUCAGAUCGGAAGUGCUCGGCUCGGUCGUCGCGCGGUUCGACGAGGGCAAUCGUGCCGAAAUCGCCUUUUUGCUCGAACGCUGGAACGAAAUCAAGGCGUCGCAUGGGUAGCGCAAGGUGUUUGCCUUCAUUCGUGGGAAUCGAUUCCGGGGUCAGUAUUACUCUGGUUGCUGCCGGACGCCUAAAGCCGCGUAGGAAAACCCCCGGGCCUUAUUCGGCUCUGAGCUGACUGAUGUCUGGUUUGCGCUCCAAACACAGGUUUCGAGGAGGUGUGGCUGCGCGUCAUCGACCACUUGAUAGUGAUGAUGACCCCUGGGAUCGAAGAGGACGACAUGAGGAUCUGA